GGGGGGAAAAAAAAAGGAUCUGCCUCCUCCAGCUCGACAGUUAAGAGACUUAGAGCAAGAAAUCGGAAGUCUUUCCAUCGAUCGAGAAUCCUCAGGUUGUCUUGGUCUUACAGAUUUAACAACUAAACAAGGAUUGGGAUGGAGAGAGACAAUGGUAGAGUUUGUCAGAUCUUUAGUAACUUUGUUAGUUUCUUGCGGAAAUUUAUUUUUAGAAUCCUUUCUAUUGGUCCUGUACCGAAUCACAUUGCAUUCAUCAUGGAUGGGAAUCGGAGAUAUGGUAAGAAGCAGAAUUUGAAGGAAGGAGCUGGCCAUAGCGCUGGAUACUCAGCCCUUAUGUCCAUGCUCCGGUAUUGCUAUGAGUUGGGUGUGAGAUAUGUAACCAUUUAUGCCUUCAGCAUUGAUAACUUUAAACGAAGUUCUGAAGAGGUCCAAUCUCUGAUGGAUUUGUUACAAGAGAAGAUUGAAGGGUUAAUUAAGGAAGAGAGCAUUGUCAAUAGCUAUGGUGUUAGAGUCUACUUUAUAGGGAACCUCCAACUCUUGAGUGAACCUGUUAGAUUGGCAGCUGACAGGGCUAUGCUUGCCACUGCCAAGAAUUCCAAAGCAGUUUUGUUGGUCUGUAUUGCUUACACUUCCAAAAAUGAGAUUGUGCAUGCUGUCCAGGAGGCAUGUGAAGAAAAAUUGGAUGAGGUUACAGAAAUGUAUUCAAGUAAAGAUGGUUAUGGUUUAAUUAGACUUGGAGAGAAUGAAGAGGGCGAGAGGGACUACCUGGUAAAACUUGUGGACAUUGAGAAGCAUAUGUACAUGGCAGUUGCACCUGAUCCUGAUAUCAUAAUACGUACUUCUGGUGAAACACGCUUGAGCAAUUUUCUUUUAUGGCAGAGUGCUUACUGUUAUUUGUAUUCUCCUUCAGUGCUCUGGCCGGAGAUUGGUUUUCGACAUUUUCUAUGGGCCAUUCUGAACUUUCAACAGAACCAUUUUUACUUGGACAAGAAAAGGAAACAACUAUGAUAACUUGUCAGAGAUUCUUUCAGCUUAUUUGAUGGGUAAAUCUUGAAUUAUCUUUUGUAACUUUUAACAGAUUCCAACCUGGGCUCCACUUGUCUUUAAUGUCCUUGCUGUUGGUUUAUACCUGAAUAUGUACCACAUGAAUUCAGCACAUUGGUAGAAUUUAUAUAGGCCAUCCAAUGGCAUCUGGCCAGGGACCUCAUACACUUAUAUUUAUGCUGGCUUUGUUGAGAGACUGUUAUAAGGUUCUUGUUACGUCAAUAUAUAUUUUCCUGUCUUUCAUGUGAUGAUGCGAAAAUGACUUUGCUCUCUCUAUCUACCUCCUUAUGGGAUGUGAAAAUGGAUUAAAGAACAAACAUUUUGACAGGAUAUGGGAGCAAGAGUUUGUGAAACUCUGGUGAAAGAUCUUUUUAACAUAUUAAGCUGAAGGGUUGUACUAUGUAUUUCUUAUUCUUCUCGUUUCUCUUCAUAUGCAUAGUAGAGCUUCAUAUGAUGGAGAAUUUAUGGGAAGCACAGCAUCACUUGCUGAUUGAAAUUUGGUGUAAAUGAGUGGUGACACAAGGAAGGGUGGUGUAACAGUGAUGAUCAAGCUUGCCUACGUAACCCGGAUGACACCACGAACAACUUCAGUAUUAAGACAUUGUUUAUCAAAUAAAUUGGGGAAUAGAGGUAAGCCAUUAUG